AUGGAGUCGCUGGACCUCAAUACUCUUGCUGGUUCCUUACCAACGGCGCACCAGAAUGCAGAGGCAGAGCUAUUGAAUAGUUUUAAAGCGGCUGCUCUCAGCAUCACGACUCUUUACCGUUCCUCAAGAGACGCCUCAAAACGAGCGUACAGUGCGGGAUAUGCUGCUGCAUGUCAGGAUCUCUUGGCUAUGAUACAGCGAGGAGUCUCAGUUGGUGGCAUAGAGCCAGGGAUGUCGGCGGAAUCAAAUGGCAUGUCUAUCGGCCGCGUCAUGGAUUGGAUAGACGCUCGACUGGACGCGGUGAAAUCGCGACAGGAAGAGGAAGUAGAGGAGGAGGAGAAGGAGAAGGAACGUGGACGGAAGUCGGUCGCUACGGCCCCCCCAAGUGAAGCGAAAGUCAAAGCGGAACCUAAGGAGCAAAUUCCACCAAUGCCGACAUCAAAUUCACCUUGGCCUCGCGUUCAACGACCUUCACCUCAGCCGUCAACUCCGUCUCCUCCGCCACCACCACCUAGCACUCUGCGACAGACCCAGCGUUCGACGCACAGAGCGAAACCUACUUCGUCUUUUAAAGGAGGAGGAGAUUCACCGACUAUCUCUCCACCACUUCGCGCAUCAGAUUACCCUUUCAAUCUUGUUUCCGACGAUACUCUAUCCGUUCCAUCGUUCCCCGUUCCUGAUGUCGUCGCAGGCGCCAAGCGGCGACAUGCAGUAAUGAUGAUGCUUGACAGUUCAUCGUCUCCCGUUUCGACCGCCUCGACGACACCAUCAUCAAAUCACGGGUCAGGUUCAGGGGGGAACCGGCGGCGCACCAGGAGCACACGGAGCACUGCCAGCCAUCUACAGAAUCAGAAUGUUAAUUCGAUUCAGCUGUCUUCAGAAGCAAUGGAUAUUGAAGAUGACAAUGGUCGGGAACGGAAGCGAGUUGCGCGUAGGUAGGACCUCUUCCUCCUGCCUUGCUAUAGAGGCAGAAACGCGUUCUUCUUAUAUAUUGUCCCUCUUCCUCACGGUUCUUCCUUUUCAUACCGGUUUCUAUUGACGUCUCACUUCUUUUUACCAUAUUACUGACAUCUUACGCUUUCAUCACCUUCCAUACAUUCACUGGUAGCACAUCCUUCCAGCAUCGCGCCACCCCUCGUUCAUUACACGUUCCCUAUCUCUGUACCAUCAG